GUCCGCUUGGCAAAAAGUGUACUCGCGGGACUCCGAGAAAUCCCGUGUGUCGGACGGAACCUUCGUACUCGUUUCUUCCCUUUUUCGCUCGGCGCACUCGCGUCGCCGCUCCGCGCCGCGUCUUUCGACCGCGUCCGUCGGCGUAGAGCACCUGUUACGGGAAACGUGGAAACCACGACCGAAGAAUAGCAUAUGGCCGAAUUUUCAAAGAAAAACUCCGCUGAACAAACAAUGGUUAAACGGCCUCGUUGAACGCAAAGGAGGAAACGAAGAUUUCUAGUUGCCAUUGAAAAUAACACUGCUCGGGCUCGGUAAUCGAGUUUCACUUUUGUUGCUCGAUCGAGCAACCGUAUCAUUUUCAGCGUUUUCCGGGUAAACCUUCCAACGACCGGACGAAGAAGAAACGAACGAAUCGGAACUGAAAUUUGGCUUCUCCUUCCCGCGGAGACGCCGAAGAGGAAAAGGAGAGAGAGAGAGUUCAUCCCCGAGCCAUCGGCAGUCGUUCGGACUCGGUGACCUCGAUCCCCGAUCCGCGUCUCCUUUCACUCGAACACUUCUUUCCGGUGGUCUUUCUCGCACCGUCGGUGCCAAGGAACGCGAUUGCAUUCUAUCGCGCCUGGACUGGUCUCGGUAGUCGGUGGUCAGCCCUCAGUUAGCCCGAGUUCGCUGGAGUAAGUCGACUCGAAGCCGCGUUCGUUACCUGCCAACUCGCUCUUUAGAUUUCACUUUCAUGUAAGUAUAACGACACGCGGUAAACGUUUUCGCUUCUGUCGAGAGCUGACGAGUCGACGGACGUCGCCGACCUUUCUUCGACGACGGUGGCCUACGGUCCUAAAUGCGGAUGCGUGUCUGCGAUCGUGAACCGAGAGUUGAACUCAUUGGGGAAGACGCUCGUGCGUUACACGUGGUGUUCGAACUCGGUUAUCAAUUCGCCACGGUACGAACCGUAUUUUGUUUAAUUUUCGCGAGCGUGGUACGACGUCGCGACGUGAAGUAUAACUCCGUCGGAAAAGUGUUUGCGAAUCUAUUUUGCUGGUAAGUAUCGUCGGUGAACGCGUCGUCUUCGAUUUCUCUUAUCGCCGCGAAAAGAGAGUACCGUUGUCGAUUGGUCGCGCGACGCCCGCGCCGGCAUUUCGCUACCGUUUGUAAAAGGACUGCCGAGCGCGAGGACAGUAAAUAAUUAACGAGUUUAAUCGCAGAAGCUCGCCAGCACGGUAUGAUUGCAACCCGUUCUGAAGACCUGAAUACGGAAUACGCGCCCACGACCACGACAAGAUCCUUCCGAUGAAAAGAUGUCGAGCGCGAAGGACGUGCUGAUAAAGUUGUGCGUUCUGUUCUUCCUUUACGAUCACGCUGCGUGUCUCAUUAUCCCGGAAGAGCUGCCCACGAUACUUUCGCUGAUCUACUCCAAUAUUCCACCGAUAAAGAAAGGCACCGAUUCGAGACUCGGCGUGGGUUUCAGACUCGGGGAGCACGCGGAUUUUCAAGUACUGGUAGAGCUAGGACCCCAGACCGAAACGGAUCCGAUCGGCACUGCCGAUAACAAGAGACGUCGAGAUGCGAUGUUCGGUGCCGCGAUGAGAGGAGAACUCGGACCGUUGGCUCAAGCGGUUGCGAACUAUCAAUUGGAACGGAAAAUUCAGAGUGAACUGGAAAAAUUUAAAAGAACGGAGGAGAAGGUGAAUGCCGUGGACACCGAAGAAAGUAACGUCGAGAAGACUAAAGCCAGCGACUGGCUGGCAAAAUGGAGCAAAGAAAUGACGAAAUCGGGCACAGACGAAACGCCAUUCAAAGAUGUUUCCGAAGAAAACAGUUUCUCGUCGUCUGUGAAAAACAAGACUGUACAAAGGAUACGUUCAGGACCACCGCUUGCACCCACCGGUGGAAAAAGCGCCAUCUCUGAUCUAACAAACUUGUACAAACAACAAAAAGAUAAAAAAAGCGAGUGACUCGAGCGAAGCGUCUUCGUUAUAUAAGUAACAUCUAUUUUUUACGAUUCUACCGAGUUCGUUGUGUAUAUAAGAAAUAAAAAUUUAUACG